AUGGAAGGCGUAAAUGAGCUUGAUGCAGGUAUAUGUGAAGAAAUGACCUAUGCAGAAAUUCAAGCUAAGUAUCCUGAAGAGUUUGCUUCUAGAGAUGCGAAUAAAUUUGCUUACCGCUAUCCAAGAGGUGAAAGUUAUGAAGAUUUGGUUGCUCGCUUAGAACCUGUCAUCAUGGAACUGGAACGUCAAGGGAAUGUAUUAGUAGUUUCGCAUCAGGCUGUAUUGAGAUGUCUGUUGGCAUACUUUCUGGAUAAAUCUGCAGACGAACUGCCUUACCUGAAAGUACCUCUACAUACAAUAAUAAAGUUGACACCUGUAGCAUAUGGAUGCAGAAUGGAGUAUAUAAAUUUCUCUAUUGAUGCUUUGAUACUCAUCGUCCUAAACCUGCCAUAA